CCGCCGCCGCCGCAGGCCUGGCUCCCUGGCUGAUCGCGGAGCCGGGACUCGCCGACCGCGCCGCAGCCGCCACGAGUCUAGCUCCCAGCGCUGUUCCGGGGCCACCGCCAGAGCCAUGAAGAUGCACUUCUGCAUCCCGGUGUCCCAGCAGCGGCCGGACGGGCUGGGGGGCCGCUACGUGUUGUACUCCGUGUACCUGGACGGGUUCCUGUUCUGCAGGGUGCGCUACAGCCAGUUGCAUCGUUGGAACGAACAGCUGAGGCGGGUCUUUGGAAAUAGCCUACCACCCUUUCCGCCAAAGCACUAUCUCGCGAUGACCACAUCUAUGGCUGAUGAGAGAAGGGACCAGUUGGAGCAGUAUUUGCAAAAUGUAACCGUGGACCCAAACAUGUUGAGAAGCGACGUCUUCGUUGAUUUUUUAAAACUGGUGCAGUUGGACACAUUUAGCAUCACUACCAAGAAAGUGUCUCUGGAUAUCUUUCUACCUGAUGGAAGGAGCAUUAAAGUCGAGGCUCUAACAUCAGACACUGCCGAAAGAGUCUUAGAGGUGGUGUCACACAAAGUUGGACUAUGUCGGGAGCUGCUGGGCUUCUUUGGCCUAUUUCUCAUUCAGUUUUGCAAGGAGGGCAAGCUAUCCGUCAUGAAAAAAUUGGUGGACUUUGAACUCCCUUACGUUAGCCUCCGAAGUUCCGAAGUGGAAAACUGCGGGAUUGGACUCAGGAAGUGGUACCUGGACCCAUCCCUCGACUCCAGGCUGAUGGACUGCAGAGUGGCUGUAGAUCUGAUCUACAUGCAGGCAAUACAGGACAUUGAAAAAGAAUGGGCCAAACCCACAGAGGAGCAGAAGCAGAAAUUAGAAGCUCUCCGGAAAGAAGACAACCAAACAAAGUUUUUGGAGCUGUCCCAGGAGGUUCGGCACUAUGGAUAUGUGCAGCUGGAUCCCUGUACCUGUGACUACCCAGAACCGGGCUGUGGGGCCGUGAUCUCUGUUGGCAAUAACGAGAUCAGCUGCUGUGUCACCCUGCCUGAUAACCAGACCCAGGAUGUCAUUUUCCAGAUGAACAGAGUGAAGUGCUGGCAGGUCACUUUCCUUGGUUCUCUGCUGGAUAUGGAUGGGCCCCAGCAAACUCUCAACCAGAACUUAGAGCUCAGAUUUCAGUACGGCAAGGAUAGUCACUGGCAGUGGUUUGUUAUUUACACCCAGCAGGCUUUUUUGCUGAGUAGCUGCUUGAAAAAGAUGAUCUCAGACAAGAUGGUAAAGCUAGCUGCAGAGAAUCCAGAAAUGCAGAUUGAAGUUCCGGAGCAGGGCAAAAGCAGAAAAUACCACGUUCAACAAAGCCAGCAGAAAGCCUGUUCUAGUUUUCUACCAAGAAAAAGCAAGAUUAAGAUAGUUGAAGUUGACUGUGGUUUUGGGACCAUAAAGGAAGAUCUUUGAAGAGAAAGUCUGAUUUUUAAAAAAUGUUCUCAAAGGCCAUCUUGACCGUGAAAGAGCUUGGGGGUUGAAAGUAGGCUUCCUGCCACCAACGGAAGAAGUGUGGCCCUUUCUCCUUUUUUUUUUCACAUGAAGAUGGACUAUAUGCAUCAAGACUACUUCAGAAGUCUGUAAAUGUCAAGAUUAAAAAGAAACACAAACCAAGGUUAUGUAGUCUGUUUUUAAUGACUUACAGAUGACAAAUGGCAAAUCUGAAUCAAUUAGUAUGAAGCUCGUUCUUUUUUUUUUCCCCUUCCUAAAAUAGAUGCUGACCUGGCUUCAUGAAGUCGUUUACACUUUCUGAUACUGCAUGAAUGAAAGGCUCAGGAUAAAACACCAUAAGUGCAUUUGGGGUUAAGUUCCGAAGACACGACUCAUUAGCAGUGGCUCUAAGAAAUGGAAUCAUUGAAAAAGAAAUCUGGACUUCUCUGACCCACCACAGCCCCAGAGCAAGGAGGUGAUGACAUGCUGAUUUGUUUCCUUACCUCAUUCUGAGACUAUCAAUAUGGAUGUACUCAAAGUGGUACGCUGCCCGGUUCUCUCUCCACUGUCAUGGUUGUAUUCUGUCCUUAGAAUACUGAAUUCAGUUCAAUAGCCAUCAUGCUAUUUUGAAUAUUUUUACUUUAGAAAGCAGUGGGGCUCUGUACUCGGCAUCAGAUACCUUAGCUUUAAAAUGUGUAUUUUCUCGCUGGACCUUUCCUUAUCCAGUUUCAGUUUAUCAUCAUAAUGAAUAGAAUGAUAUAUAGAAUUAAGAUCGCAAUAAGGGAGAGGGACAGAGGAAUCAGUAUAAUUAGAUAAAGUGUAAUAUUCUAAUGUUCUUUACUAACUGGGUUGUAUAAUUAAUUAUAAAUGAAUUAUAAAUAUAAAAUUAUAUUAUAAAUAUCAAAUGUAGUCUACUGAAUAUAGAAUUCACUGAUGAAAA